CGUUUACCUAAUCAAGAUAUAGGGCUCCCGCGGGUGUGACCGGUCGACAGGGGAUGCUUACUCCUCCUAGAGUCAUGAUUCCACCUCUGGUAUAUCCAGGGGUCCCCGUUUGACCAACUUUCUAUUUGUAUUGCUUAUAGGAGUUGUGAGAUUGAUCACUGUUCGUUAUCUUCACCUUUCAUAAAAACAUACCAUAUAUAUUAUAAAAGUUUCUAGAGGUAACUACAUAAUUAUACAAUAACAAUUUAUCCCGAAACAUUAUUUUUCGUGUUGGUCGAAAAACGGAAACAUGACACGUAGAACAUAACACAGCAACAAAGAAUACGAAGAUACAAUUAUCCAAAAAUAGUACAUAAAAUAUGAGAGAGAGAGAGAGAGAGAGAGAGAGAGAGAGAGAGAGAGAGAGAGACUGUAACCACACAGUAUGAAGUUUGAUAAGCAAUCCAUUAAUUUGAAUAGCAACUUUUUGUAGGACAAACUAUGGAUCAAUUCAGUACCAAGUCCUCACAGAGCGAAAUUAUGAAGACAGCGAUAAUCUUCUGUUCUUAGAAAAAUUCAAUGAGCAAGAAGACCCGAAAGAGGAAAUAUGCACAAAAAAGAAAGAAAGGAAACUGUCGGUCUUCCGGAUGAUUUUACUGAAUGCAGUAGUGUGCGGUGUGGAGAUAUGCGACUGCGCAAGUUUUUCGUACAUACCCCCAAUGCUUCUUAAAGCAGGUUACUCGGAGGUACCUAUGACGUCAGUGCUUGCUGUCGGGAACGUGUUUUGCUUGUUACUGAUUCCCGUCAUCGGAAAUGCAAGCGACAGAAGCAGAAACCCAUGCGGACGGCGGAGGCCAUUUAUUUUGGGUCUCUCACUGCUGGUGCUAAUAUCCAUGAUCAUUAUUCCAUAUCACGACUCGCUGAGUACCGGGCACACUGGUAGUCUCAUCCUUCUAGGUAUUGGAGUCAUUCUCUUCGAUUUUUCCCAUCAAGCUUGUCUGACACCAUGUGAAGCAUUACUGAGCGACCUGACGCUGAACAGCAGUCAACAGGAACAGAUCUUCGUGGUGUACUCAAUGAUGGUGUCUUUGGGAGGAAUUGUGGGAUACCUGAUCACCGCCCUUGACUGGAGAGCGACAGUUGUAGGGGAUCUCAUCGGGGGACAGGACAAAUUCGUGUUUACGACUUUGACGGGAAUUUAUUUGGUUUUGUUGUUAGUGACGUUUGCUGUUGCACGGGAGAAUCCGCACACUAUGAACGAGUCAUCGGAUGUUUCGGAAAAUCCUGACAUUACAGUUCAAAAUUCCGAAAUUAGACCAUUGUCCAGUGAAACGAAUACGCAUGAAAACUUAAACAGAGAAAUACAGACCACAACUCAUUUUAAAUGGUCACUCGAUCUUCAAAGCUUUCAUGCCUUCUUAUUAUUAUCAAAAUACUUUGUGAGAAAUGCUUCCUCAAAAAUCUUUAGUCAUCUACCAGAACCGAUUAGAGAUUUGCUCACAGUUCCAUAUGCUGUGAGGAAGUUGAUCUACCCUAAUUUUUUCGGAUGGGCAGGAGUUGUAGGAUUCAAUCUGUACUUCACUGAUUUUGUAGGCCAGGCGGUAUACCACGGGGAUCCGACUUUACCCGAGAACACCACACUCCGUGGAUAUUACGACGAAGGUGUUCGAAUGGGCUGUUGGGGGCUAUUGUUACAUUGCGUAGUUUCGAUUUUAUACGCCUAUUUCGUGGAACAUCUGAUCGAAAAAGUCGGGAUGCGGAUCACGUAUGCCGCGGGAAUGACAACGUUUUCAGUGGCGAUGUUAGCCAUGGCGGUGUACCCCAACAUAUAUUUUGUGACCACGAUGGCGGCUUUAACCGGCGUGGCGUACGGGACACUAACGACCGUUCCUUAUAUCCUGGUAACACUGUAUCACUCGGAGAAAGAGGCAAGUUCUUCCAAAUGAAAUAGAUCCUUAUUUGUGAAAGUUAUAAUCAUACAGAAAUUAACUUGCAUUAAUCCUUAGAGAAGAAGGCUUAACGUAGGUCCCGGGUUUAUAGACUUUUAAAUCUAAAUUUUGUCUGUUUGUUUGAACAGAUAUAUAUGAAAGACAAACAUGGAGGUCCCCUAACCGGAAGAGGUGUGGCUACUGACAUGGCGACGAUGGAUAGCGCAUGGUAUCUAUCGCAGAUUGUGUUGUCCUUCAUGAUGGGGCCUAUUGUUGAUGUCACCGGAAGUGUUCGGUCUUACAUCGUAACAUCGGGAAUUGUGGGACUUCUAAGUUGUAUAUUCAUACCAGGUAUUAUAACAUCGAAAGAAAAUCUACAAGGUUAAAAUAAAAAUGAAUUAUUUUGGAAA